AUGGUAGAUGAUAUUGAAAUAAAACUGUCAUCAUCACGUCCAUCAAAUACCAAUAUUGAACGUACCCCAUUAACAGGCUCACGAGUGAUUGAUGAACCAUUAUACGAGUUAAUUGAUUAUUUCGUUCGUGAUUAUAUUGAAAUUUGGUAUAAAACACAAAUAAGUUCAGAUGAAGAUUUUAUUAAAGAUGUGCGAAAUGGAAUUUAUACAACAAUUCAACAUUUGUCGGAUAGAAUGCGUGAAAUUGAUUGGCUUGAAUUUUGUACAACUACCGUUGUUGACAGUUUUUCUACACACGUAAGAUUAUUUCGAAAUGCAAAAGAACGAAUUAGACUAGAACGUCCAGCUAAUGUCGACGUUAAAUCGGUAUUUUUUGAUUUGGAAGCUGAAUAUGAACAUGGAAUAUGUCGGGAUGAAGUAUGCACAGAUAAAAAAGCAGAAACAGAAUUUUUACAAGAUCUUGCUGAAGUUCUCAUUUAUAUAUUAUUACCAGCAAAUGAAUUUCGUUGUAUUCCAGCUCGAAUGAUAAUAAGAGAAGUUGUUAUUAAUCUUGGAAUAUUACCGCUUAUCGAUUACUGGACAGAUUCCGACGCAGUUAAUCAACUAGUUAUCAAAAUGUCUAGCCAAAUUCCUCUCACAAUUGAUAACUUUUUACUUGUUGUUCGGACUACCGAUUCUCAAGGAGAAUUAAAAACGUUAACAGAACGGUUAGAACAAGAAAUUGGUAAACUACGGUCAAAAGAUAUUGGGGGUGAAAAUGGUAUAUUACUUGUGUUCAAUCAUGCUGAUGUUCGAGCAAAAUUAAAUAGCUACAACUAUUUAAAACGUCUUUUGAGUGAUAGAUUAGAAUUACAGCAACGUUUAGAACCAUCACCAUUCGAUGAUGACGAUUUAUCACAGAGAGUUCCCUAUCACGAUUUACCAUUGACAGAAAUUUUGAAUAAUUGUAAUGGACUUGAUUAUUUUCUAAAAUUUUUACAGUCUGUAGAUGCUGUUGGUUAUGGUAGUUUUUAUCUAAAUGCCGAAGCAUUUCGUUGCGCUGGAAUAUCUGUUCAACAGAACAAUCACGAUACAUCGAUGGAACAACAUCAAGCAAAUUUAGAAAUGUUAAGAAAUAUGGCUAAUGAUCUUAUUGAACAAUAUUUUUUGCCAACAGGUACAUUCAAAUUGGCUCUAGAUGAAAAUUUAAUUAAGAAAACAUUAAGAAUAUUAAAAAGUGAAGCAAUCGACGAGACACUACUAGAUGAUUUACAAAACAAAGCAUUUGAAAUUCUUUCAUCGGACAAGUAUUAUGGACAAUUUAAAACGACGCCACAAUAUUUGAAAGUACUGAGUGAAUUUGAUUUUGCCGAUUCUAUGACAAUGGAUAACUCUGAUUCAGCCUCUCUCUCAAGUAAUAAUAGUAAUGAUCUAAUUGGGGAUUAUGAUAGUAACAAUGCUGGUUCUGGAUCAAAUAGUAGUGGAGGAACGAGUGUGGCAGCUGUUAUUCCAGAUAUUCUUGAUAAUAUACAAAAUUACACAAUUCAAACAGCAAUAAAUGAUUCAGGUGUUUGUUCUGAGAAAGGUGAAAAGUAUGCCAUCUAUGUAAUAUCUGUGUCGUGUAAACCUAUUCAUCCUGUGGAAAGUGGUAACAUCGAUAUGUUAAAAGGAAAAGAAUGGAUAACUUAUCGGCGUUUUAGUGAAUUUAAUGACUUAAAUAUGAUUAUACGAAAACGUUAUCGAGAUUUACAGCAUAUUCAAUUGCCAACUAAAAGUUUAAUUAAUUCUACUAGUCAAGAUGUUCGAUUGAAACGACAGAAAGAACUGAAUACUUAUUUAACGGCAUUAAUAAAUCCAAAAGUAAUGAAUAAUCAUCCUCAUUUAGCUGAUCUAUUAUUAAAAUUUCUCCGAAAUCAACAAUGGAAAUGUCAACACACAGAUCUCACUCGAAAAGACGUUGUUAAAUCGACGGUUGAUACUAUCGUUACACCAUUUAAACAAUCGGCACUGGGUAUUAAAAAUGCUGUCACCUCACUACCUGGUAAUGUGGUUAAAAGUGUAAAUAAAGUUGCUGAUGGAAUACAAAUAGUAUCAGAUAGUGUCACAGAUAAUAUGGGAAAAUUAUUUCGAACUGGACAAGGUUUAAAUGAUACAUCUCGAGAUUUACAAACAUUUCCAAUUGUUGAAGAUUAUCAAAAUGCUAAAAAUAUUCCAUUACGUGUACUUCUAAUUAUUAUGGAUGAAGUAUUUGAUUUGAAACAAAAAAAUAUGUGGUUUCGAUCAAGAUUUGUAUCGAUAUUAAAAAGAGUAUUACGAACAUUUAUGGGUGAUUCAGUUAAUAGAGAUGACUAUUGGCCAAACGGUAUUAUGGCUGAUAAGCCAUCUGAACGCGAUGCAAGUGUAAGACAUAUUACACAAGUAUUAUGCAAAGCAAAAUUAUUAGGAAUUGUAUCAGAUGAAUUACGUCAUAUAAUUGGUAGUGAAACCACUCGUCGCGGUCUCUUACGUUUAUUUGAAUUAUUACAAAAUGAAACAUUAAAUCGUCGAUUUAUUUUUGUUUUACUUGAAGCAUUACUCAUAAAAUUAUUUCGUCCAAAUGAUUUACAUUUAAUAUUUGAAAAAUUAUAUUCGCAAUCAUCACGAGUUAAAGAAGAAUAUAAACGACGGAAUAAUGAAGUGACAGUAAAUUCUGUGGAUGAACAACGUGCCUAUUUUUUGAAUCGUUUAACGGUUCGAAGUGAUGAUCAAUUAAAUGUAAAUAUGAUGUUGAAAAGAACAAAUAGUAUCAAUAAUAAUAAUAAUAAUUCUAAUCUGACAACAAGAAAUAUGCCAAGAAGUUUUUCAAAAAUAUCACGAUAA